AUGCAGAAUUUCCGUUGUCAAGGAGGGGGGUGGGGGCGGGGUCCGGCGGACCCUGCCCAAUCGGCGCCAGGCCGCGCAAGCGGCGCCGAAGCGCUUCCCGUGGCCGGCGGGGCUGAUCGGCCUUGGGGUUGUGUGGUGGGCAGGUUGCCUUGCAUGGGGAAAUUGAGGGAAGAAUUGACGUGCUCCAUCUGCUUGGACAUAUGCACGCGGCCGGUCACGACGCCCUGCGGACACAAUUUUUGCCGCCGUUGCCUGCGAGGCGCGCUGCAAUACAGCAUGAAGUGUCCCAAAUGCAGGGAGGCACUGCCAACCGGAAGCGGAAAGCAUGUGAACACUGUCCUGUGGAACACAAUACAGCUGCUGUUCCCCCAAAUGGAAGAUGCACCUCCCUCACCAGCAACCUGUCGUGGUUCAUUGGAUGGGAACCCCCGUGACUCUACCUCAGCGGACCGCAUUGUCCAGCAAGCUGAGGAGGCUCUGCUCAAUCUCUUCCACACAGUGAGGAGACCCCAGGCUGGCACUGCCCAACCCACUCAGGGACUUGACGAAUUCUUGUCUCGUCUGGAGCUCAGCGACCCGCAAGACCAGUUGCAGGUGGUGUCACCACACUCUGUUUCAGGGAGGCGCAUGAAUCCCACUUUGGGGGAGGGUGGAAUUGCGGAUGACUGGGGGCCCCCUCGCACCCGCUCAUCCCUCUCGCCCCAGCCAGAUCAGCGCCGACGCUCCGUGGCCUCGCAGAUCCUCCCUGUCAGGGGGGACGCCAUGCAGAUGCUGAGGAACACAGUCACCCGCCUGGAGUCCUCAUUUCCAAGGCAGCCACGCUCGCGCACGGUGUCACCGGCCUUGGGCGAUGGCAGGGGCGUGGGGGGUGUUGCGGAACGCCUCCCUUUCGGCGACUUGUCGCCAGAGGCGUUCCGUGUCACGCCCGUGGAGGUCACCUGGGCGCCCCACAGCUCGAGGCCAUCCAGCGAGGGCCAAGAGCAGGGGUCCCAGGCAGAUGGUUCUAUUGAGAGGGCCUGGCAGCGGAGGCGGGAGAGGGUGGGCGACAGGAGGGCAGCCACUGGGAUGGUGAACAUGGCGCUUUCGGACGCAGAUGCCGAGGUGCUCACCAGGCAUGAGGCCUCCCCCCAGAGGAUGCCCGUCGGUCUGUAUCAUUCGGAUGUUGCUGAUGAGGCUCCCGAGGCCCCGCAUCUUCAGAGGAUCGAGAUUGCAGAAACAGCGCCCUCGCUGGACCACAGCCUGGAGCAGUUCCUCGAGCUGAGGAGGGGGAUGGGGAUUCAGGCCGGGGCAGGCUUGGCUGAUGGGGAGCGCUCCGAUGAUGAGUACGUCUUUGGGCCUGAUGGCCCGCCAGCACAGGUGUACCCCUACUCAGAUCAGCUGGGGAGUGGCGCUUUUGUGUCAACGUCCUCUGCGCCCCUGGACUCUGCCAGCUCUGCUGGUGCAAUGGAAGACGAAUGGCUGGAGCUCAGGCGCUCAGAUGUUGAAGCUUACCACAACCUACAGAACACAAGCCCCUCGGGGAGCCCUGUGGGAUCUGAUCCAUUCCCUGGCGCUGUCAGCAAUGGCAUGGGCCAUGGAGUGGCCGUUGAUGAGGGCGCCCAGCUGCGAGGGCCGAGUUUUGGCCUGACGAGGCUGGCGCCAGAGCUGGGGAUGCACCUGAACAAUGGCCGCAGGAGCGCAAACUACGGGGUGACCCUGGUUCCUCUGAGCCCUUCAAUGGCCGCGUCUGACGCCAAUCGGGAUUUCAAUGAGCAUGGCAGUUCCGUGGAGCUGGAUGAUGGCCAGAGCAGCGAUGGGGACAUCGACAGCUCAUCGUCGGACAGCAGUGACGAUGGCUACGAUGUUGGGGAGAAUGGGGUGUACGAGGAGUUUGUGGUGGGGGAUGUGUUUCAGGGGCACAGGUUUUCAAGGGGCCGGGCCCUGAGCCCCUUGGGCGAUUACAGCAACUUCCAUGGGGACAGCGACGAGGAGAUUGCCGACGAGGAGUGGCAGGAUUCCGACGAGGGUGAAGGGGUCGAGUCUGACCUGUGCCUGGACUUCGAGACGUCGCCCGUGUCGGCCGGCGGGUACUACACCUCAGGGGAGUUCCCAACAGACCCCUAUGCGAACAACAGCAGCUCGGCGGAGUUUGCGUCAUUGGAUGGGCCAGCGCAGCUUGCUGAGGAAGUGGUCGAGGAUUCCCCACGGAGCACCCCUCUCCCCAGCAACCUGUGCAGAAUCGCAGUCAGCCUACCCCAGGUGGACACCACUGCUUCAGCUGCCUUCCCCUACAAUUCCAGCCCCAGGGGCCCUGGCACCGAUCCCACCGUUUCCAUGCCAGGCAUGUCCACAGAGUUGCAUGUUGUUGUGUCGGACUUGGAGCAGAUGGCCUCAGACACCUGGGAAGCGAGGGCAGGGAUGGGACAGAUGGGGGUACCGGUUGCCGAGCAGCGGCUGCCCCCCUUGCGCCCCCCCGCCAGCCGCGCUGACGACAAUGGGGAACUGGAGGCGUCCAGCACCAACAGGAGCUGCAGGGCGGAGGGCGGCUGGGGGUCGUCGAUGGAGAGGAGGGGGCUCAGGCCGGGGCACCGUCAUGUCCGCGGCGUGGCGAGCAGCAGGGGGAGGCAACAUGCGCAUGGAACUCAAGUUGGGGGGUACAUAGGGAUGCGGUACCUGCUCGAGGACCCUGCACACGAGCUGGAGCAGGAUGGGUUGGCAGAGAACGCCCACAUGGGCUGUGUGGCGCGCUGGCGCCGCUGCAACAGCAUGCCCAGGCAGGACGUGGGGGCUGCCAGCCACCCGCUAUGCUGCUUCCAUGAGGGGGCCGAUCGCAGGGAGGCCCAGGUCGUGGCAGAGUCAUCGUCCUCCUGCCCUGACAGGCCCAGUGCCUCAGGGAGGCGCAGCGUGCAAGAGUUGCACGGCAGCAGUGGGCGGGGACGCUGUGUGAGGAAUCGUCGGUUUGAGCCUGUGGGUGACCUAGAAGGGAGUUUUGGGGGGGAUGGCUACGAGGGGGACCCAUCAGAGGGGGAGAUGGUGCACCCAUCGGGUUCCGGCAUGGAGUCCGGCGUGGUGCACUCUGACAAUGAGCUGGAGAGCCUGUCCGCCAGUGGCCGGCAAUCGCCGCUGUUCGUUGGGGGAAUGAGGGUCAUGAGGCUGCCCAACCGGAUAAACCAGUUCAUGUCGCGCCUGAGGAGGUACCCCAAGUAG